UGAGGGCACUGAGAGUUAGUACAGAUUCAACCAAUUAUACAGAUUUUUUUAAUGAUUUCUGUAGACUUUUCAUGAAAAUGGAUUAGGUUACAAGAUCUACAAACACUGGCUUUGUACCAUGAAGUUGUAGAGAGAGAGAGAGACUAUUUGAAUUUGAAAAAGAUUGAAAAAAGAAAAUGGGGAAAGCUACAAAGUGGUUCAAGGGGCUGCUUGGGAAGAAGAAAGAUAAAGAAAACGUGGAAAGCAAUCCAAAUUGCGGCGGCGGCGAUAGGAGAGAGAAGAAACGGUGGAGUUUUGCCAAGUCCGGCAAGGAUUCCGGCGAAUUCAAUCAGAUUCCGGCGGCCGACUCGGCUUGGCUGAGAUCAUACAUUGGCGGCACGGAGAAUAAGCACGCCAUAGCCGUGGCGGCAGCCACGGCGAAGGCGGCUGAUGCGGCCGUCGCCGCCGCGCAUGCGGCGGCGGCGGUGGUCAGGCUGACCAGCCAAGGGAAUGGAGAUUUGUAUACAGGUGGCAGAGAGAGAUUGGCUGCUGUCAAGAUUCAAACUGUGUUUAGAGGAUUUUUGGCCCGAAAAGCGUUACGGGCCCUAAAAGGGCUGGUGAAGUUGCAGGCCCUCGUUAGAGGCUACCUUGUGAGGAAGCGCGCAGCAGCAACACUUCAUAGCAUGCAAGCUCUAUUUCGGGCCCAGGCCGCUGUACGGUCCCAACGGGCCCGUCGUUCAAUGAGCAACGACUACCGGUAUCAGCUCGAAACUCGGGCCAGAAAGCCCGUGGACCGAUUUGAUGAAAAUCAGAGUGAGUAUCAUAGUAGAAGGGUCGCAACUUCUUGGGACCCUUCUGCUACCUCAUUUGACGAUAGUCCAAAAAUCGUCGAAGUUGACACUUGCGGGUCGAAAUCAAGGUCUCAAAGGAUGAAUGGAUGCAUGCCCGAGUACAACGACGAUCACUAUUACCAAGCAAUAUCGUCGCCUCUUCCGUGUCCGGUCCCGGCCCGUCUGUCCAUCCCCGACUGUCGCCACAUGAAAGAUUUUGACUGGGGAUUUGUCAAGGAGAAUUAUAAGUUCCCAACUGCCCAAAACACCCCGAGAUUUUCGUGCUCGGGCCGGGCCCAUGUCCCGGUCACGCCACCCAAGAGUGUGUGUGGGGAUAGCUUCUUUAGGACGUACUCAGACUGCCCCAACUACAUGGUGAACACGCAGUCGUUUAGGGCAAAGCUGAGGUCGUACAGCACCCCAAAACUGAGGCCCGAAUCGGGCCCGAAAAAAUGCUCGUUGAACGAGAUUAUGGCAUCAAGAAGUAGCUUCAGUGCUGUUAGAAUGCAGAGGUCAUGUUCUCAAGUUCAAGAAGAUUUUGAAAUUUAGGGUAUGAACUAUUAUUGUAUGAUAUGCUAAUAUUAUGUC